UCGAUGAAACAGGCAAAUGGGACCUGUAGGCAACGCCACUGAAAUCACUUACACUUGGCUGGGGAGAGCCAAUAAAGUGGACCGUGAACAGGUCUAUCCUGGGUCAACACGAAGGAAAGGGUCCGCGCGGGUUAGAUUGAGCCGCAGAGUUAUCCUGAAGGAUUCUCCCAGUGGAGGCUGGACUAAACCAUACCACCAGACAGACUCGAUAAUUCUUUGUGGCUAUAAUACCUAUAAUGCCUGAUCUCUCCGUCCCUGGACCCUUUUCACUCUCUUUUUUCUUCCCCUCUUUGUGCAGUAAUUCUUUGUCCGCUCUUUUUCCAUAUUCCUUCUCCCGAUAAAUUCUUAAUAAUCUUCGUCCAGGAAAGAGGACUCUGCCUAAAGUCCAUCCAUUCAUUCUCUAUCUACCGUCGAAAUGCGCACCACGACUUUCUUGACCACUGCUGCCACCCUUGGCCUGGCAACCCUAUCUACUGCCGCCAGCACUACUACCAUCAACCUCUUUCAGCCUGGUGAGGAGACCAUUCCCUACAAUGAUGUGGAGGCGAGCAUCAUCGGGGUCACUGGGGAUACCACUACUGUUGCUAUCGUCUGCGGUCCUUCCGCCGCUGCAUCGACUUGUGCCCUGCACAGCCCAGUCACCAUUACUGAGGGUCCUUCUACUUUCACUGUGAGCGCCGUCAUAACUUCUACUACGGACGAUGCAGAAUAUACGGUCACCCUCGUUGAAGACUGCGAUAUCACCUCUGUGACUCAAGGUGCCUCCUGCUCCAUUUCCAUGGAUUACACUAUCGCCUACAGCGGCGAAACCACUUCUUACUCAACUGCCGCGGAAGCCUCUCUGCCUGCUCGCCUAAUGAAGUACUCUCCCGUGACGGUCACUGCGGGCGCCGACAAGUUGUCUUCCUCUGCUGCUAAAGCAACUGGGACUUCUUCUGGCUCUUCUAGCGCUGACAGCAAGAACGAUUCUACCACUACUGCCACUGGCAGCGCCGCAACCGAGAGUGCAUCUUCUUCCAAGACCUCCUCGGGCUCGAAUGCCUCCAGUACCCCCAAUAGCGCAGCUGGCCACCAAGCCAUGACUCUGGGUGGUGCCCUUGCUGCUGCUUUUGUUGCCGUUAUUGGCUUGCUGUGAGCGGUGGUUGGGGUGACUGACUGACUUGCUGCUUGGUCAAAUGCGCCGAGCGUCAUCAAUGGAACGGUCUCGUCGUAAAUCAAUCACUUCUUGCCUACAUAUUUGCAUCUUCCCCCACAUACUUCUUGAUGCCUCCUAUCUUUUUUCUGGCUACUCGAAUAACGCGACCAAUUCAGGCUAUCUUUGCAACCUUUCAAUGCGCAUUCUCACCAUGAUAACGAGCUGGAAUGAGCACCAAGGUUGAGAUUCUGAUUUAUUGCUGUUGAAUAAAUCAAACGAGACUUC